GCAUAGUCAGUGCCUGAUGGGAGGCUCUUUUGCCCCUUGAGUUAACAAUUUCCCCUCACUGUGGGCAGCAAAAGCAGUCCCUUUGGUAUAGUCAGAGCUGGAUGGGAGGCUCUAUUGCCCCUUAACAGCUUCCCCUCACUUUGAGCAGGAAAAGAAACCCCUUCGGUAUAGUCAGUGGUGGAUGGGAAGUUCUUUUACCCCUUGAGUUAACAGCUUUCCCCCACUUUGGACAGGAAAAGAAGCCCCUUUGGCAUAGUCAGUGCUGAAUGGGAGGUUCUUUUCCCCUUGAGUUAACAGCUUCCCCUCACUUUGGGCAGGAAAAGCAGCCCCUUUGGUAGAGGUAGUGCUGGAUUUACCAUUGUGCUUAGGUGUGCUUAAGCACAGGGCCCUGUUGGCCGAUGAUGGAUUUUGUUUAUGUGGUGCAAUUCUAAAUUUGAAGGUGUUCUGUUUCUGAUUCCAGACAUAAUGAUAGAGUCAAUAGUCUGUGGGAGUGUGCCACAAAGCAGGCAGUGUAGGCCAACUAGGCCGAGCUUCAAGGCCCAAGGAAGGGGCCUCAUAACUUAACUAGCACAGGGCCUGAUUUGUCCAAAUUCUGGCACUGGGGAGGCAAAGUGGAGAUGGUGCUCCUCUCUGGGGAUGGGAAAGUGGUCGGGGAAGGACGGAGCCCCUCCACGAAGCACCUCCAGCCCCCGCCUUUUGUCCACGGGGGGCCUUCGGGGUCCGAGGCCCAAGUGGAACCCCUCGGAGCAGGUCAUGCUGUUGUUGUUAUUUCUGCCCCACGAGGGGAGGGGGCACCCGACGAGGAGGAGGAGGACUAUGAGGAGGAAUAUGAAGACUUGGCGGACUUCUCGGAUAUGUCAGAGACACGGAGCCUGGCCUCAGAGGACUCCUUUUACCCACCGCGGGACGGGGAGGAAGAUGAGCCGGAGGAUAGGGAGGAAGUCUGGUCACUGGGGGAGUCAGAAGGGUCACCCAGCUCCGAGCCACCGCCCUCCUUUUUCCGCGCCUGCUGCACCAACAAUGCUGCUGCCCUCAAGACCCUCAUCCGACAGGGGCCCGAUGAGGAACACGUCAAGGAGACCGACCGCAACAAGCGGACUGGCCUUAUUGUUGCCUGUUACCAAGGGUUUGUGGAUAUUGUAAUAGCCUUAGCCCAGUGCCCUCACAUUGAUGUAAACUGGCAGGACAAUGAAGGGAACACGGCUCUGAUUACAGCUGCCCAGGCAGGACAUAUUACCAUUACACAGUAUUUGCUCAACUAUUAUCCUGGCCUUGAUAUUGAAAAAAGGAAUGUCUUUGGAUUUACUGCGCUCAUGAAGUCUGCAAUGCAAGGCCGCAGCGAAUGCGUCAGAGCCUUAAUGAUGGCAGGGGCAAACAUCAACGCCACGGACCCAGGCCGUGGGUUCAAUUCUCAGGAAUGGGCAUGUUUCACUGGAAGAAUAGAAGCUGCCUACCUUAUGCAGAGACUUAUGGACAAGCCAUCUGCAGAACAGUUUUGCGACCACUAUGAGCUAGAAUGGCCAAAGAUGAAGGAGCUUCUUGCCAAGGCCGCAGAGCGGAAAACCUGUUUGCAAAGGAUCUCGGAAGGUGUGCGGUCCGUGGUCGGUUACAAAGCUCCCCAGGGCCCCGAAGAAGAUGGUGUGCUUGAUCAUAUGGUCAGAGUGACAACAGGAAUGAGAAGCUCUUUUGUUGCCAUAGCUUGCAGAACCGUAUGCCCUGGUAGCCCACCAGGACUAGGAAAGCGCAGGCCUGCGGUUCAAGAAAUCCUUCGGAAACAACGAGCCAAGGAAAUCCGAUCUUUAGAAAACACGGAACAUUUUACCAGCUAUGAGAGGCUGUUUCAGAACUCCAGAGUCACAUUAGUCACCAAAAAGAAGGAGCGUCGAGCCAGCCUGCAGCCUUUCAAUCUCAAUGUACCACAGGUGAACAUUGUGGUCCCGAGGAAAUCCAGCCUGUUGCCGCUGCACUUGCUGAGGAGGAGCAGUGUGCGCCCUGGAUUUGUCAUCCCCAAAGUUCGUGUCAACAAGGCGCCUCCACCGACUUUCCACCCAGAGAAGGUGAGACGGAAAAGUAGUGCCAGCGAUGGGACAUACUUGGAAAUUCCCAAAUGGAGGUAUAAAGAGCUGAAAGAAGAAAGGAAGAAAGCAGAGGAAGAGGAAAAGAAAAAAGCAGAAGAAGCUCAGAAACAGAAGCAAAAGUCUCCCCAGAAAAGCAAAACUUGACACCUGUGGUAUUGCUGUGACUCUAGUCUAGACUUACACACACAGGCCAACAAGUUGUGCGGGGAAAACUGUGUGACAUAAUUACUUAAGAGGAGCCAGGGGCAUUGUUCCAAAGUGCAACUGAUACAUUAAGGAAUGGCUAAGAAGUAUAAGGAGAGAGUUAGGGAAUAUAUGAGCAGCUUUAAAAUGUAGAAAAUAUGGCAUUUAAUAGAUUGUAAAUCUAUUGUAAAGCAGCCAUCUUAACAAAAGAGGAAAAGGGAUAAUUGGAAUAAAGGGAUAAUGGGAUUUAAAAAACCGAGAGACAGAAAGAUGUCCUAGAAAUUAGACUAGCCAUAAAAUAAAAAUUGGGCAAUAGCAUAUGCUUGCAAGGGAAUCUCUGAAUUGCUACCAUAAGUUAAAUUUUU